CAAGACAGACCCGAACGCCUCAAAAAGACUUUCCCGUAGUUAGGCGAGCAGUGCAGGGUUUGUGGUCAAGAGUUCGUCUCGAAGCUCGGUCGCCUCCAGAUGUCCAUUAGAUAUUUGCAAACAUGUCUACGAAUCAACUUGAGAAAGUAUAUAAACGGAAGGCAGACCUUGUAGAAGGAGGUGACACAGAGGAUUCCUCAAAAAAGCAAAGUCUGCUCAAAAAUGUUGUUCAAUCUGGAACCUCAAGUUUCCCGUUAAGUGAUUCUGAUUCCAAGGAAUCAAAGAUUUUCAACGAUCCUAUUCAUGGGACUAUAACAGUGACAGGUCUGUGUGUGAAGAUAGUAGACACACCGCAGUUUCAGAGGUUGAGGUAUUUGAAGCAACUCGGUGGAACUUUCUUUGUAUUCCCGGGCGCAUCACACAGCAGGUUUGAGCACAGCAUCGGAACUUACUAUCUGGGUGGAAAAUUUGCUCGGAUUCUGAAACAGAAACAUCCACAACAGUUUGAGGAAGGUGACAUCGAGUGCAUUGAAAUAGCAGGACUGUGUCACGAUCUUGGACACGGCCCGUUCUCACACGUCUUUGAGAAGAUGUUCAUACCUUGUGUAAGGAAAGACAAAACGUGGAAGCAUGAGGAUGCAUCAGUGGAGAUGUUGGAACACUUACUUAAAGCAAAUGACCAGGUGAUGAAGGCCUUUGAGGAGUUUGAUAAAGAUGGGACUCGACUCGCAUUGAUUAAGGAUCUCAUCUUAGGAGGAAAAGAGACAGAGCAUGUAGAAGAUGAACGUGUGCAACAAAAGAGAAAAAAACGUUUCCUUUAUGAAAUUGUUGCCAACGCCCAAACGGGAAUUGAUGUAGACAAAUGGGACUACUUGGCUCGCGACUGUCACAUGCUGGGCAUAAAAAACAACUUCGAUCACGACAGGUACAUGGAGUUGGCUCGUAUCAUCGACGUGGAGGGUGAAGGGCCACGAAUCUGUGCACGCGACAAGGAGGAAAAUAACCUGUACGAUAUGUUUCGUACCCGGGAGACAUUACACCGAAGAGCUUACCAGCACAAAGUUAAAAUUGGCGUAGAACUCAUGAUUGUUGAUGUGCUUGUAAAAGUUGACAAAACUGUGCAGAUAUCAGGAUCGGAUCGUGAUCAAGUAUCAAAAGGUCGAAACAUAUCUGAAUGUAUCGACGACAUGAAGGCCUACUCAAAGCUGAAUGACAGCAUCCUACAACUGGUGGAGCUCCCUAUAACACUAGGAACGAGUCACCAAGAAACUGACUCUGGCGCCAUGGAAGAUCUGAAAGAAGCAAGAAACAUCAUCAGAAGAGUCCGGGCAAGACAAUUGUAUAAAUGUGUUGGCACACGCAUUUUACAGGAUGGCGACACUUUUACACAAGAGGACAUUCAACGGUAUAAAAGAGAAAUUCUGGAGAAACCUGGAAGGUCCUUCAAUGAAAAUCAGUUUGAACUAGCUCUGAUGUAUUUCGAUUAUGGACAGAAAAAAGAGGACCCAAUAACCAACGUUAGGUUUUAUAAAAAAUCAAACCCUGGAAAGGCUUUCCUAUCGACAAAACAGAAAUCACAGAUGCUUCCUGCAGUAUUUCAAGAACGUGCUGUUGCUAUCUAUUCCAAAGAGAAAGAGUUUGAAAAAGAUAUUGCUAGAAGUUUCAAACAGAGAUGGCCAGAUUCGGAGAUCCCAGAAGAAUAUAACGGUGAACCUGAAGCCUCCAACCAAUGAAGUGGGAAUGCCGUUCGCUUGCAGCUCACGCGUGACGAGAUAGCCGAUUGCCUUCUCAGGUCCAAGUGCUAUUUAGUGUGUAACAAUUCACUCUACAUAUUCACUCUAUAUUAUUCUAUACUGAUGGUAUGUUAACGUAGUCAUGGAAUGGUACUAGACAGAUGACUUGCUUGAGACACUGACCCCACCUCACAUGAGGAAAAUGACCAGGUUCAUUGUGCCUUUGAAAGCACACUUGAAUAGACUUCAUGAUAAUAAUAUGUGUUCUUUUAUGGUUCGUAUAAUAUUGGACUCACAUCUCGCUUCGUAAAUUCAACUUUUUCCGAAGCUCAUAUUUUACUUCGACUUGUUACUGAGGUUCCAAGUAACUAUAAUAAAUCGAACAGAUAGUUUUAUGCACAUUAUGACUGCAAAAUCGCCUAGCCGGUACAAGAAAUCCACUGCUAAAACACGAAUGGGAUCGAAUAGUUGUGUGUGAUCUUGAAUUAUAUAAAAUAUGCGCUUAGCAGCUGUGAGCACGUAUAUCAAUAUACUAGUUACCAUAUAGACAUAUAGCAACUAUAAAGUAUUGAACAUUUAUUCUGCAAUAAAUAUAUAUCCGAGGUAAUGACAUUAUAACCGUUGAAAUUUAUACCAUGAAAAUUUGUCCGUCAUCUUAACUGAUCGAUGAUAAACACCUCAAUUGUAACUCGUGUAAAUCCAGCAAUACAACAACUUCAUAUUAUAUCUCCUCCCGUUUUGAUGAAAAGAAACGAUUGGUUUGUAUUAACUUGUAAAAGUAUUUUACCAGCGAAACUGGUUGUUAUAAGUCUUCGAGUAAACAAUCUGCUAAGAUUAAGGAAAAGCACAAAAAGAACAAGACAUAGUUAUUACUUCAGUUUUCGAAUACCAUGUACUGUGAGUACUAGUGUUACCUUCAAAUCAGCAUAAUAUAGACAGAGCACAUAUAUAUGCAUAGACUUUGUAAUUGCAUACAUUGGCCAAUUAAUGUACCGUUGAAAGGUAGUAGGUUAAAUGAAAUAUGUUUAAUGUAGAAUGACACGCCUUCAAUAAUAACAUUAGGCCCAGCAGAGAAAUACAGUCAAUGAACUUUUUGUAUCAAUAACUGUAGGGUAUUCGUAAUUGUAUCUCAUCUUAUUGAAAUGUAAUAUGUUCCCCAAUUGUAUAUUUGUAAUAUUGCUGUAACAUGUUGCAUUUUGUUAACUUUUUUUUUCAAGAACGUGGGAAGUGGACAAUGACAGGUGUGAUUGGGUAUUUGAACGGGUUAAAACGGCGAUCCGGAUUCGAAUCCCCACAUUGGUACAAUGUGUAAAGCCCAUGUCUGAAUAUUGCCGACCAAUUUUUGUAAUGCGAUACAAGAACAACAUUAUGUUCGCGAAAAGAUGAGCGUAUCCUGUCCUACCGGUGGCAUCCUCACCAACACACGCAGUCGAUUGCUAUCCUGAAAAGGUACACAGUCAAAAUAGUGAAUUGCAUCGGACAUCAUUUUUGUCACUGAUGCUUCAAAUUUGGAAAUGUCUCCGCAUGUCUACCUAACCACUUUUUGAAAGCUUUUUUUAGGCCUUAAAAACUGUAACGUUGAUCAAACACAUUCUACCAUUUUCUUAUAUUAUUAUUUAUUAUUAUCUUAUAUUUCUUUUUUGACAAUUUGUCCUGAACCUCUGAAGAUAGAUGCCUAAGUUUAUCUGUGGUAUCCAUGUUUUGUACAAAAAAAACCCCAAAAGAUCAAGGAAUAAUGUUUUUCCUUAAGUUUGUCAUGUGGGACAGUGGUAUACGAAGUUGAAAAAUCAUCACACGGAUAGCUGAUCAAUUAGCAUCACAGGGCAGGAUCCCCUUAAAUGUGUCUAAACCAUUAAUUACUGCCACCCUUCACCCUGCGAUAUCAUAGGCGAAGCGGGAAAGGGUAAAGUUUCAUAAGAUGUUUGACGCUCAAAGGAAAUCGCUUGAUUUAUAGCAACCUUUGAUGUUUUACCUUUUCUUCGGCACAGAUACCAGCCAGUAUUACCAAUGGAGUAUCUCCUGGAAAUCAUACUUCCCUGUCACACCCUUGUUGUUUGAAGCUUUCAUCUUUUUGCACCAUGUGUUAGUCUGUUUGUCGUUCUAUUUAUAUGUGUAUAACUGUACCUGUAUAACCCUGUCCUCUCCAGUUAACUGAUAGCUUGAUAAACGCACUUGUAUCUGUACUUAAACUUCUCAUUGAAAUAAUAAAGGAAUUUGAAAUCCACACGUCAA